AUGGCGUGCCUCCGUGUACUGGCUGCAGCCAGCCUUCUUUGCGCACUUGGCGCAGGCCACGAAGACCACGACCACUGCACGCACGAGGCCUCCAUGGUGAACUACACUUGCAACACCACCACAUGCGGAGGCUAUAUGGCCUACAAAUCUUCAGGGUGCACUGCCAGCAGCAAGUGCCCAGCAGUCGUCGUCAUUCAGGACUGGAACGGCAUGAACGACUACGAGAAGGAGCGCACGCGGAUGUUGGCCGAGAUGGGCUAUGUGGGCUUCGCCGCCGACAUCUACGGCUACGGCACGCCUGUUGAGGACAUGUCCGACUGGAUGGCGGCUUCCUCCGCCCAUCGCGGGAAUCCGGAUCUGUACAUGUCCAAAAUCAGUGCUGCCAUCGACAAGGUGAAGUCUUACGACUUUGUGGAUACGACGAAGGUCGCCGUAAUUGGCUACUGUUUCGGUGGAACCGGUGUGGUGAACAUGGCCAUUCUAGGGAUGGAGGGCGUUUUGGGAGUGGUUGGCUACCACUCCGGCAUCAGCCCAAAUGCUAGGGUGGUGCGGGGCAACAUCACUGCGCCUAUGGUCGCCAAGGUGCUGCUGCACUCGGGCGUGAAGGACGAUGCUGCAACCGACAUGGCGAUGCUGGAGGAAGAGUUUGAGUCCGCAGGGGCAACAUACGAGAUCGUUCGCUUUGGCUCGGGCAUCUACCACAGCUUCACGGAGUGGACGGCCAAUGCUCCCAUGGCAGCUAUGUACGACCAGCGUGCAGACGUCAGGUCUUGGGAGAGCACCAAGCACUUCCUCAUGGAGCUGUUCGAUGGCCUCCCAGCUGCUAGCCGCGGGCCGGAGAACGCCAUGCUGACCACCGGACUGCACAACUACACGUGCAACACAACCACCUGCGAGGGCUACAUGGCCUACAACGCCUCAAGUUGCACUGCCAGCAUGAAGUGCCCAGCAGUCGUCGUCAUUCAGGACUGGAACGGCAUGAACGACUACGAGAAGGAGCGCUCGCGGAUGUUGGCCGAGAUGGGCUAUGUGGGCUUCGCCGCCGACAUCUACGGCUACGGCACGCCUGUUGAGGACAUGUCCGACUGGAUGGCGGCUUCCUUUGCCCAUCGCGGGAAUCCGGAUCUGUACAUGUCCAAAAUCAGUGCUGCCAUCGACAAGGUGAAGUCUUACGACUUUGUGGAUACGACGAAAGUCGCCGUAAUUGGCUACUGUUUCGGUGGAACCGGUGUGGUGAACAUGGCCAUUCUAGGGAUGGAGGGCGUUUUGGGAGUGGUUGGCUACCACUCCGGCAUCAGCCCAAAUGCUAGGGUGGUGCGGGGCAACAUCACUGCGCCUAUGGUCGCCAAGGUGCUGCUGCACUCGGGCGUGAAGGACGAUGCUGCAACCGACAUGGCGAUGCUGGAGGAGGAGUUCGAAUCAGCAGGGGCCACAUACGAGAUCGCUCGCUAUGGCUCUGGUGUCUACCACAGCUUCACAGAGUGGAUGGCCAGCGUGCCCAUGCAAGCCAUGUACGACCAGCGGGCGGACGUCAGGUCUUGGGAGAGCACCAAGCACUUCCUUAUGGAGCUAUUCGUCGGUCUCCCUGCUGCAGAACGAGAGCCCGAGUGCCACUUGGAUUUCGGUUAA